ACAGGGUAUUUCUGUUAUGCUUCAAAAGAAAGCAAGGAUGAAAUGUCUUCUGCUAUCAUUGCUGCUAAAUGUAGCCCUUUGUUUGGCAGUUCCUUUACUUCCCAAUGCAGGACAAGAAGUGGGUGACUAUCAGACUGCGCAGGAUUAUCUUAAGAAUUUCUACAACUUUAAGAUGGAUAUGCCUCGACAGCAAAAAACUGGACUGGACCCAUUCACUGAGAAAAUUAUACAGAUGCAAACAUUUUUUGGCCUUGAAGUGACUGGCAAACUAGACCCCAAGACUUUGGACAUAAUGAAGACACCACGUUGUGGAGUCCCUGAUAUUGGUAACUACAGAACCUUUCCUGGUCAACCAAAAUGGAAGAAGAAGGAUUUGACAUACAGAGUUGAAAACUACACACCCGAUAUGGCCACUGCUGAUGUAGACAAUGCCAUUGUAAGGGCUUUCCAAGUCUGGAGUAAUGUAACCCCACUGACUUUCAAAAAGGUUGAAUAUGGCAAAGCUGACAUCAUGAUUUCUUUUGCUAAAAAAGAGCAUGGUGACUUCUACCCUUUUGAUGGACCUCAUAGGACAUUAGCUCAUGCUUUUGCACCUGGAGAAGGAAUUGGAGGAGAUGCUCAUUUUGAUGAGGAUGAAACCUGGACAAAAGGAGUGAAUGGUUAUAAUCUCUUUCUUGUUGCGGCUCAUGAGUUUGGCCAUGCACUGGGUCUAUCCCACUCUAACAUUCCUGGAGCUUUGAUGUACCCAAGUUACUCCUAUGUAAAUCCAAGUCAGUUCCGCCUUCAUCAAGAUGACAUUAAUGGAAUUCAGAGUUUGUAUGGACCCUCUAAGGACCCUGUCAGAACAACGGAUUCUUCAAUUCCAGACACAUGUGGAACAAAAAUGUCUUUUGAUGCUAUCACAACUUUACGUGGGGAGAUCAUGUUUUUUAAAGACAGAAAUUUUUAUCGAAAAUAUCCUCAGAAUCCACGACCAGAACUUUAUUUAAUUUCUUCGUUAUGGCCAUCGAUUCCAGGAAAUAUUGAUGCUGCCUAUGAAAAUUCUGCUAAAGAUCGGGUGCUACUUUUUAAAGGAACAAAAUUCUGGGUUUUGAAUGGGUAUGAUUUAGUAUAUGGCUACCCCAAAAGCAUAUAUACUCUUGGUUUGCCCAAAACAGUAAAGAGGCUUGAUGCAGCAGUAUAUAAUGAAGACACAGGGAAAACCUAUUUCUUCACUGGAGACAAGUACUGGAGUUAUGAUGAGCAUAGAAAAAAGAUGGACAGAGGCUAUCCAAGACGUACUGCAGUGGACUUUCCAGGCAUUUCAUCAAAAGUGGAUGCUGUAUUCCAGUACUAUAGAUACCUGUACUUCUUCAGUGGACAAAGACAAUAUGAAUAUGACUUCAGAUCCCGAAGAACACUUCGUGUUCUCACAAGCAACAGCUGGUUCCGAUGCUGAAAUAAUUACACUUUUUAACUUGUAUAUAUUGUACAUUUUGUUUUGUACAUGACUCACCUGCAAGUUUCAAGCACUUAAAUUGCUUUAAAUUAUAUAAAUGCUUUAAGGAAAUAGUUGGAUUCUCAUUGAUUACUUUUAUUUCUUUGCAUAAUUUUUUUCAUGUUCAGAUUUAUGUAAGUUCUCAUUGAAAGUGAUAAGUAUUUUCAAUAUCUUAUCACCUGAUUUAUUAAUCCACUCCAGACCUUGUCAUAUUCUUGGAAUUCAAGCACUCUGAUUAUCUUUGUUGUAAUAUUCCCAGUCAUUUCUUAUGCUUCAUUGAUGAGGACAAGAGAUGUAAUUUUCCAAAGUGGUCUUUCUGAGCUUAAACAAAAGAGCAAGUAAAAGCAAUAAAAGACAAUAUGUUUGACCCAAUGCCUGAGAUAUACUCUGCCUUAUUUUUACUAGAGGCUAUUGGUAUAUGAACUUACCAAAUAACUGCAGUGCAAAAGCACACUGCGCAAGUUUAUUACAAUACUUUGGAUUGACUGAAGCAAAAAAUGGCACUUGGAUUACAAAACAUAUUUGUCAUAUUAAGUGGUAGUGUGAGGUAUAUACACUGAGUAUAUAUGUAAAGCUCAAAAACUAUAAGUUAAGGGUGAAAUUGCAGUUAUACAUUUUUGUUGUAAGUACAUGCACAUAAUUUAUUAUGCUACGCAUUUUGAAGAAAAAGCAUUUUUAUAAAGUUUUACAGGAAAUGAUGUGUUAGCUUAUCAAGUUAUCUGACUACCUGGAAACACACUGGUUGUAAAUAUAUGUUCUGAUAAAGUGAUAUGUACGUAACAAAUAGAACAAAAAUGCUCAACAGUUAUAAUGUCUGACUGGAUCCAUCUAGAGUGUUCACUGCUCUUCUUCAUUUUAUAAUUCCUUGUUUUAUUUUAGCUCUUCUCCUUCUGCUAGCUUUAUGCCUUCCCCCAGAAACUCCAUUCCUCAUCGACUAGAAAAGGAUAUCGUAUUUGGUCCCAGGAGGUGAUGGUCAAGCAAACCCAGAGCAGAUUCAAUCUUGAGGAGAACUAUUUUUUGCAGUUAAUCUGUAACUCUCCCUACACAUACUUACUAGCAUUCUAGAAGGUUACUGUUAAUGGGCUUUGCGAUGUACUGCCACGCCUCCAUAUGACAUAAUUACAUAAGAUGGGCACCUCAUGUGUUCCCUGGUCUGCACUCGGGAUUCUACUGUACUGAUGGAUUCUUCAAUUCAGCUUAAAGAUGCAUUGAUGUGACUGUUUUUUGAACAUUAUCAUUAUGCAGUUAAAGGAUAAAUUAAAAUGAAAUGCUAUUUUUAAAUA